AUGCGGGCAAUAACAAGCUUUUUUAGUAAGAGUCGAUCCCGACAGAAUUCCGCGUCACUGGAUGAAGAUGAUAAUUCCCUCAGUGAUGUUUUGAACUAUGUUCCGAGGCCGAAAGAAGCACCACCAGAGACGAAUUGCCCCAGUAAAGCAAUUCCUAUUGAACGAAGAAGCUCUUGCAAUAGAAGUUAUCGUGCAGGGUCGUCGAGGUCCUCUGAGCGUAGGUCCUACGAGCGUUCGAUAAGUCCUAAGGAUCGAUGUAACAUUUUCCCUUCCUCGCUUGAUGGUCAUCAAGACUAUAGUUGCGUGCAUUAUACUCAUCAUGGAGAAAGCAGACGCAGAUAUGAGGAGGAUACUAAGUACUCAAAAAGUCUUCAGAGUUCCCGCCAUGAUUACCGAUAUUUCGUAUCGCCUCUUUUCGAUGAUGUUAUGGACGAAGGGCAGGAGAAUGAGUUCGAUAAAUGUGAACAGUACGGUGAAAUAAGCUUCAGUCUUAAUAACCCUCAAAUAAAUCAAAAAGAGGGUGCCGAUAACAAAAGUUUCUUGAAAAAAGUUACAGAGACAGUAACACGUAAAACUAAAACUGAAAGACGUGGGUCUAGCUCCGGAAGCAGUAGUUACAAAAAUUCAAUUCAUGAAUUGAUACGAACAUUUUCCAAAAAAGUAGGUCACUGGCGCCACGAUCGGGGUGAAGGUCGACGGGGGUCAUGCGCUGUCCCCACGACCACAUAUAUUGAAGACGUUGAAUCCACGAAAUACCGAUCUCGGUCGAAAUCUUUGGAUGCUCACUUCAUACACAAGCUUCCUGGUCAUUCGAUUCUAGACGAUUGCGGCGCUACAUAUGCAAUAUUUGAUGAAAUCGUAAGAGAAGGUCAUUUACGAAGGACCACUUCGCAAGAAGCAGAAAAGCGUCGGUCGUCACUAGGCAACGUACCUCCGGCGAGACAUCGAGCGUCAGAUGCUUCAUUGGAUCCACAUCACGCUGCCAUAUUAUUCCGUAAUGCCAGAGGACUGCCAGUGGUGGAUCCCUUCAUACAGAAAGCUAACUUGUCUGAUCUUGAAGAGGACGAGUCGCAGAUAUUCGUUAAAUUUUUCAAAUUCCACAAAUGCUACGAUCUCAUCCCGACAUCGGCUAAGCUGGUGGUCUUCGACACACAAUUGCUCGUCAAGAAGGCAUUUUUUGCACUUGUGUAUAACGGUGUCCGUGCCGCCCCGUUAUGGGAUUCCCAAAGACAAGAGUAUGUGGGUAUGCUCACAAUAACGGACUUUAUAAAGAUCCUGCAAAUGUACUACACCAGUGCAGACGUCGCUAUGGACGAGCUGGAAGAACAUCGACUUGAGACCUGGAGACAGGUACUUAAGGGAUCGGUAGUGCCGCUCGUAUCGAUUGGGCCUGAUUCUUCCUUGUACGAAGCCAUUAGGAUACUGAUCACCAACAGGAUUCAUCGAUUGCCCGUCAUUGACCCAGAGACUGGCAAUGUACUCUACAUACUCACACACAAGAGAAUACUUAGGUUUCUCUUUUUAUAUAUAAAUGAAUUGCCAAAACCCAAAUAUUUACAAAAUAAGCUACGAGACCUGAAAAUUGGAACGCUUAAUAAUAUUGAAACAGCCACAGAGGAUACUUCUAUUAUUGAAGCCUUAAGGAAAUUCGUCAACCGUCGAGUUUCAGCAUUACCCAUUAUUGAUACUGAGGGCCGGCUGAAAGAUAUCUAUGCCAAGUUUGAUGUCAUUAACUUGGCUGCUGAGAAAACGUAUAAUAAUCUGGAUGUGACGUUAAAAAAAGCAAAUGAACAUCGCAACGAGUGGUUUGAAGGAGUACAAAAGUGUAAUCUGGACGAGACCCUCUAUGAGGUCAUGGAAAGGAUUGUUCGUGCAGAGGUGCAUCGUCUGGUCGUGGUAAACGAAGAAGACAAAGUAACAGGCAUCAUAUCACUAUCCGAUCUCCUGAUGUACCUCGUCCUACGUCCGACUGGCGAAUGCGAGGGCGCCAGCCUACGUAACGAACACGGUCCGAUCGUAGAAAAGGAUGAAACUACAGAUUCUAUAUCGGUAGAGAAUGACAAAACCAUACAAGAAGAUGAAUUGGAAGGAGCCGUUGGCGGUGAAACAUUGGAGGACAGUUAA